ACUAGUUUCUUCGACCUUCUUCUUCUCCUACCUCUGCUAAACCCUCACGGCGAUAAACCCUAAAUUUGUAAAAACCAUAUCAAUGACUGCUCUUAAGCGUAACAAGAAGAAGGUGGAAAAUUCACAGACGAAGCCGUCUCCACUGAAAAAGGCGGCUAAAUCCCAGAAGCCUCCAUUGAAAAAGCAGAGGAAAGGUAUUUCGGAGGAGAAACUCCUCAAGAAGCCUGAAAUUUCUACGGAAGAGGAAGAAGAAGAAGAAGAGAAGGAACAGUCUGAUGAAGGGUCUGAAUCAGGUUCUGACUUUUUCUCAGAUGGUGAUGAUGAAGAAGGAAACAAUGAUGAUGAUGAGGAGGAUACAGAACGCUUAGCUGACGACUUUCUCGAUGGUAGCGAUCAUGAGGAGGGAACUUUGGGUUCUGAUUUGGAUUCUGACUUUGGUGGAUCCAAACUCGAGAGGAAAUCUAGAGCUAUUGAUAGAAAACGUAAAAUGGAGGAAAAAGAUGCAGAAGAUGAAUUCAAAAUGAACAUUAAGGAAAUACCUGAUGAGUUUCAGCUACCAACCCAAAAGGAACUUGAAGAAGAGGCACGUAGGCCACCAGAUCUUCCUAGCUUGCAAAUGAGGAUAAGAGAGAUUGUUAGAGUGCUGUCGAAUUUUAAGGACUUGAGGCCAAAAGGAGACAAGCACGAGAGGACUGAUUAUGUUGAACAGCUUAAAGCUGAUCUUGGUUCUUACUACGGCUAUAAUGAGUUUCUUAUUGGAACUUUGAUUGAGAUGUUUCCUGUUGUUGAACUCAUGGAACUAAUUGAAGCUUUUGAAAAGAAAAGACCUACAUCUAUACGUACUAACACUCUUAAGACUCGAAGACGUGAUCUGGCUGAUGUACUUUUGAAUAGAGGAGUUAAUCUUGACCCGUUAAGCAAGUGGUCAAAAGUUGGACUUAUCGUUUAUGAUUCCCAAGUUCCGAUUGGUGCAACUCCUGAAUAUUUGGCGGGUUUCUAUAUGUUGCAAAGUGCUAGUUCCUUCUUGCCAGUGAUGGCUCUUGCUCCUCGGGAAAAAGAGCGAGUUGUGGACAUGGCUGCUGCCCCUGGUGGUAAAACAACUUAUGUUGCAGCACUAAUGAAAAAUACAGGCAUAAUAUAUGCAAACGAGAUGAAAGUACCUAGGCUUAAGUCACUCUCUGCCAAUCUGCAUCGCAUGGGGGUGACAAAUACCAUAGUUUGUAACUAUGAUGGAAGAGAGCUACCCAAGGUUUUAGGUCAGAACUCGGUUGAUAGAGUAUUGCUGGAUGCUCCUUGCAGUGGAACUGGAGUGAUAUCAAAAGAUGAAUCAGUUAAAACUUCCAAAAGUGCUGAUGACAUAAAGAAAUUUGCCCAUUUGCAAAAGCAACUUAUACUAGGUGCGAUUGAUUUGGUAGACGCCAAUUCCAAAACCGGUGGAUAUAUUGUUUACUCAACGUGCUCAAUCAUGAUUCCCGAGAACGAAGCUGUUAUCGAUUAUGCUCUGAAAAACAGGGAUGUUAAACUCGUUCCAUGUGGACUUGAUUUUGGCCGACCAGGAUUUAGCAGUUUUAGAGAACACCGGUUCCACCCUUCUUUAGAGAAGACUAGACGUUUCUAUCCUCACGUACACAACAUGGACGGAUUCUUUGUUGCAAAGCUGAAGAAGAUGAGCAAUGCAAUGCAGCCUUCAGAAAAUGAUGAGCCAGUUGAAACAAUGGAGCAAGCGCAGUUGUUAUCUAGUGAUGAUGAUGACGAGGAGUUGGAGAAGCCACCUGUUGCCAAUGGGCAACCCAAGCGAGAGAGUAACACUAAAGAAAACAAGAACAAACAAAAACUUCCAAGGUCAAAGGAGAUUCACAAAGGCCAAAGGAACAAAAACACAAAAACCGAAAGUAGUAAUGUGGAAGAACCCAGGAAGCAAAAGAAGAAGAGAUCACAAUGGAAGAAUGAAAUUGCUCAAGCUAGGGAAGAGAAAAGAAAAGCCAUGAGAGAGAAUCCUAAGGAGAAGCCAAAACACAGGGGAUAAGAAUAUAGGUUCGUGAUGCAUCUUGGAGAACAAACUUAAUGCAAUCGAAUCUUUCGGUGUUGUGGUCAUGGUGAAGGAAACAAGAAAGGAGGCUUCAAUGGCUGAGGCUAAGGUAUCUAUAACGGCAGUAUACAAUGGCUUUGUAGUUUGAUUUAUUAACUUGAGUAAAGAAAGAGUCACACC